AUGUUGAAAGGUUUAGAAGAUCAAAAGAAAAAAAAGUACAAGUUCAAUUUUACCUCAGACAUGAUACAUGAGGCCAUGGUUCUGCGGAUUCUUCAGUUGUUAGACGAGAAGGAGACAUACCCUUGUCAAUAUGAAACCAUGUUUUCAGAUGUUUCAAAAAGUAUUUUGGGAAAAUGGAUUCUCCUUGCUAAUCAACUGGACUCUCUAAUCUCGAGAAACAAACCAGUCAUCAAUAUGAAAAUGAUUUUCUUUGGAGAGACCGAACUUGCAGAUGCUACCACACUUCAUUUCAAGGGAAACUAUUUGAAUUUCUCUAAAGAAAGCUCAUCAAGCGAGUCAACGUACCAAAUAUUGAGCUUAAGAAAAUGCGUAGAAUUAUUUGGAGAUCAUAUGAAAGAUCACAAUCUCGUUUGGUUGCUACUUCAAAUUGUAAUGACAAAACGGACAAGAUUUGAUGGCGAUCCAUUGCUUAUUCGUGAAUUUAUCAAGCUCGUUAGCGAAUUGAGGUACAAAAACUUUGCAGCAUGGCAUCCAUUUGAAGAGAACUUGCUUCAAUCUCAUACUCAUAUGAUUCAGUUGCGAUUACGGGAGGCCCUAGUCGAACAAGAUAUUCAAAUAGAACAAUCAUCCAUGAGCUUUGUCAAAGAGAUGGACACCUGGUUCAAGGAGACUGUAAUUAACUAUCACAAUCCAGAUGAAAAUACUUUGAAAAAUAUUUUCUUACUAUCUAAUUAUUUAAUUAGACAGCUGGGACAAAGCAUGUUCGAUUUUCUAUCAUCAAAUUCUGAAGAUGAACCUUUACGGACGAUUCCUCAUGAUGCAGUUGAUGUACAUUAUGAGUUCGUUGGAAAAAGAAAGCCCGUGAGCGUAAACCUUAUUCUUGUCAUUUCUGUUAUGGCAAGACGCAAGUUACUUGGGUUUAUAUUGGAAUUCUUACGCUCCAAGCAGCUCAAGAAUGUAAAUAGCAAUGAACAUUUCCCUCCUGGAAUAAUUGAAACCCUUGCUAGAGCAAUGUAUUGCACUCCAUCCAACUUGAACGAAUUGUUGGGAGAGCUAAAGAUUAACUAUUUUAUAGUUGCAGAGUUGUUAAACUUUAGACUAGUGAGAUUGCUGAAAUAUAGCUCUCCAGAUAACUUUUUGACUCUAUUUAUGACUCUGUAUUCUCAAAUAGGCUCCAGUAAGGAUAGUGGAUCUCAUCGAUUAUUUUUAAUUCUAGAAAAUUUGGGUGUGAAAAUGAUGUCCUAUCUCCUUAGCGACUUUAAGCGCAUGGAAAAGUUUAUAGACAAGCAAUUGAGCGAUAGCACUAGCAUUUCAGAGACCUUAAAGAGAAAUUUGUUAUUCUCAUUCAUUCGAAACUUUAAGCUUUCAUGGAAACAAGACAAACAUGAAAAAAGUGCUCGUCUCUCUUGUUUCAACAAAAUUGCAUCUCACUGCAUGAAAACAAUCGAAGAUUUUGGAAAGCUCAACAGCAAGCAAAGACUUUAUUCUGAUCUUGUAAAGAAGAUGAUAGAUCUUUUUCUUUCCAAAAAGAGCGAACCAACAGAAAGCCCUUCAUACGACAAGGAAGCAAUUUCAAAAAUUGAAAAACAAUUGGAUGCCAAAAAUCUUCAAGAAACGGUUCAAGAAAACAAUAGAAAUCUAUUAUGUGCAAUUUGGUCUCGGUUAUAUAAAUCAGAGCCAAAACAACCCACCAAUGAUGAGGUAAAGGUUUGGAAGAAAGUAUUACUAGAGACUCAUACACCAAAAGAGUUGGUCAACAACAUUUAUCGAUUUGUUGAUUACAUUUUGGAUGAAUAUUUGGUAGAGGGUAGCAACACUGGAGAUGAUACUAUCUAUCUUGUUAUGCAACGUGUUUCUGCACAUUUAUCCAAGUUUAUUUGGACCUAUGAGUUUGUUCCAAUAGAACCAGUUGCAUUAGCAUUAAUGGAUAGAUCAAAAACUACCUCUUUGACUUCUUUAGAGACUCCAAAUAGUAAGGUCGAACACCAAUUUGCACAUUCAGUCUUGCUUUCAAUAUUGAAUACCGAUGAAAAAGGUCUAUUGAGGCGUGUUACGGGCUUUUUAUGUCACAACAAACAUCCAAACCAUUUUGAAGAUCCAGACUAUUUUGAUUCUCAUCAGAAAUAUCAUGCAGAGUUUCCUGAAACCUUUGGUACAUCCUCUGUUCAUGAGUCAGCAUCUAGGCCCUGCUAUUAUGGAAAUGUAUGUAUUCGCAUGAUUCCUAUUCUCGACUUGCUUUGCAGAAGAUUAUGUGAGCUCAAUUCGUUCGAUAUUCUUCAUGGUCUGUUGGAGACUUAUGGUGACCUAUUUAUUUACCACGAAUACCUUCUCACAUUUGUAAAAGAUAUGUUAUUGACCUUCCACGACGAGAUUACCCUGGAGUGCAAGAAACUCCUCUUCAAUAUUGUACGUAAAAGUGAAGAGUACACCCUACGAGACAUGAACGCCUCAUUCUCCAAAACCGCCAAAGAUUACUUUUCUCAACCUGCUGAAGUCAUUGCAUCACAAUCAGAUAUCUUUGAUAGAACCUAUUUUUUGAAAUUAAUUACAUGUGUUUCUGAAGUUCUUCCAACGAUUCAAGAAGCCAGAGCUAAUCAUACAUACAUUACACCAAAGCACAUUUUUUAUGAAUUUACAAAUACUUUUGAAUUGAGAUUGAAUGCUUGUGUGAUUGAAAUUCUUUGUCUUCCUCUCGAGCUAAAAGAUAUUGUCAAAAAAUUAAUUGAAUGCUUGAUAGAAAAUAUGGAUCUCUUACCAAGACCACAGCUCUACAAAUUAUCUCACACUAUUGGACUCAUAUUGGCAUCGUUACCACCAACAAUUGGAGACUUAGUGUUGGCGAUUCUAGCAGAAUUCUUGUCGAAGAACCCUCAUUUACUUUUAAUUAACGAUUUGGAAAAUAAGCAUGAACUACAAUCUAUUAAGACUCCUGCAGAGUGCAUGUUAUGUAUUCUACAUAAUUAUUUACACACGGCAACUAAUGAAGCGCUUGCAAGUUUCAAAAAGUUCUUAAAGCAACUUAGAAAGAGCGGAAAAUAUAAGAUUGAAACACGUGAACAAUUUUACUUUUUAUGCCGAGUCAUAGGACCAUUCAUCACUCCACUCGCUCAGUUGUCAGCAUCGUCAUCAUCCAGCAGUUCAUCCUCUUCGCCUGAAAAAUCUGCACAGGAUGUUCCCGUUCUUGAAUUUUGCUUUACUGAGCUAGUGAUGUUAUUUUUGACGAUUGAAUGGGAUGUCAGCCCUGAAAUUAGACCCAUCAAGAAACGUAAAUAUUCAAGUCUGCUGAGCACCUUGUUCCAACAAAACGAUGGUGACGAAAUUGAAGAUGAGAUGCUUGAACAAAUUUUCUACUUUUUCCAACACGUCUUCCAUCUCAUGUACCCUUCUGGACAAGCUUUGAAAAAUGCACUCUCGUCGAAAUAUAGCUUUAUUUCAACUUUCACUGAGGAGAUUGAGAAGUGCACCAAUAUUGCUUUAAAGCAAAGACUGAAAAUGUUUUUCACAGCCAAAGAUAUCGAUUGA